GUUGAGGGUACUUAGACAACGAUAUAUAUAAUAUAUAAAUAUUUAUAAAUACUUAAAUACAUAGAAAACACCCAUGACUCAGGAACAAAUAUCCAUGCUCAUCACACGAAUAAAUGCCCUUACCAGGAUUUGAACCCGGGACCAUCAGCUUCGUAGGCAGGGUCACUACCCACUAGGCCAAACCGGUCGUCAAUCGGUCGGUUUUAUUAACGUGUUAAUGAAAAUUUUAUCUUUUUUUACCUCUUAUUUACCUAUCCAUCAGAAUUAUCAGUAGACUUAGCACGAGUAAAGUGCAACAGUAUGUCGCUCGCUAGAGAACCCCGUAUCUUUCUAAAUAUGCUAAUUAAAAAGGGAAGGGUAGUAUCUCGCGCCCGAGAUACUAUCGCGGCGCUCUUGUGCUAAGCCUACUGGUCGAUGGAUAGUCUACCCGGGACGAAAAAUUACAGUAAAAACGACUAAUUACGAAGUGACUAAAGUGAGUGUGUGUAUGGCUCAUUCAAUCGUCAUCAUUAAAAUAUUAUAUCUGCCUUGAUUAUUACUGAUCAGCAUAAUACUAAUAAGAAUGUUAAAAUGACCACAUGUCAACACUGACUAGGAACUUUCUAAAACUUGGGGCGAUUUUAGGCAGAAAAGUUACAGCAAAUCUACUUAAACAUCAGAAAAUAUUUAUUUUAAUAAAUAAUACAAUUUAUUUAUUAAAUUGUUGAUACAACACUCAAAAUCCCACCGUUUCUGACUAUCCCCAAUCCCCAUUUAACUCUUGCCGGGCGGCCAUAAAAGGCUUAAUCCGCGCCAAAUUUCGUCACUUGUGUUUGAGCUCUGUUACAUAUAACAUCAAAGCGAACGCAUCCGGGGGUAGUUACAUAAUUAAAAAUACAUUUUCAAGCUAUUUUAUAUAGAAAAAAUAUUACGGUGAAUAGUGAAUACAACAUUUUGUGAUUAUUUGUGCUGAAUAAAAUCGGUCACUUAUAACUAAAAUAAAAUAUUACUGCUUUAUUCUAUAAGGAAAGUAAAAUAAAAUUGCUAUGGGUAUUAUACCAGACCCGCUUAGUUUGCUUCGGCAAUACAUUACCAGUAAAAAAGAAAUAGUGGAACGCCGGAAUUUAAUAUAUUUUGGAGAGUUUUCUUGGUCGAAGGACGUUAAAACUAACUACCUUAUGUGGAGACCCAGCAGGGACCCCCGAAAGGGUAUCAAAGAAUAUUAUACAUUGGAAAGUCUACUACAUUUUCUGAAAAAUAUACAUCUUGGUCAUGCCGUGUAUGUCAGACAGGCAGCGGUUGAAAAUAUCCCCGCUGUGCGUCGUCCAGAUCGUAAAAAACUAUUAGCUUACUUAAUAGGAGAAACUUCAACUUGCGCUUCAAUUGAUAACAGUGCCCUCCUGGAAUUUCCAACUCGGGUUAAGCGUACCCAUGAUAAUGAAAAUAUCAAAUCAGUAACGAAAAAGCCACGUACUGAAGAUGCCCAAGUACAGAAGGUUCGUUUUCAAUUGGCGACUCGAUUUGAAGUGCCCGAAGGUGCGAUGGUCGGAAAUAUUAAAUCCGAGGAAAAUCAAGCACGUUUAAACAAAAACAGUACCACAAUUAAAAUAAACGAAUACACUGACAACAACAACAGUUUAGAUUUCAAAGCGAUUCUAGAUCAUGAUAUGAAUUACCUUAUCAGUCAGGAGAGGCAAUGUAGGACCAGAACUACAGUUUUACAAAGCAAUGAAAAAAUAUUUUCCGGGAGUAAUAUUAGUCUAUUGCAAGCAAAACAAGUAAGUUUCCAAGCGUAUGAAGUAGUUAAACCGGUACGAAGACCACAGCGAUACAGUCGAUAUGAUCAGGAGAAAUUUAAUACAAAGAAAGAAAUGGAGGGUUUCAAAAUCGACACAAUGGGUACCUAUCAAGGCAUGAUAUUGAAGUCUGUAGUUGAAGGACAGAAUACCUGCGCAUGCACCUCAAAGGAUUCUUGUCAGCUUUCACCGAUACCACGAAUGCUAGUGAGGUCCGAGUCCGCACGCACUCCCAUAAUCAUAAUACCGGCCGCACCAACCUCGCUCAUAUCGUUGUACAACGUCAAAGACGUGUUGCAAGAUCACAAAUACGUCUCAGUGCAGCAAAAAAGAGCCGAAGGCGCCGUGUGCGAAAGUGAAGUGCUCCUUCAAAGAAGAAAGGGCGGUGAACAUAUUUCCGCGAACAACUCUGUUACUACGAUGCCAUAUCGCGUGAUAGAUGACCCGAGCCGACUAUCAGCCGCUGAGUGGGACAGGGUGGUGGCAGCCUUCGUGCUCGGACCCGCAUGGCAGUUUAAGGCGUGGCCGCGGGAAGGGAAUCCAGCAGACAUCUUUGCCAAUAUUUGCGCUUUCCAUCUAAAGUUCGAAGAUAUGAAGGUCGACGUCCGGAUAUCGCGGUGGGCGGUGAACGUGCUCACUCUCAGCCGCACCAGACGCCACCUGGACCACGCUGUACUAGGGCACUUCUGGGAGAAACUUGACAAGCACAUGAUGAAGAUUCAACCACAUCUUAGAUUUUAGUUUGUAGAUUUUAGCUUUAUAUAGUUCUCAAAUUAUUAAUGAUAACGUGUUUGUAUACAUAUUAUAUUUUUGCUACAAUACCGUCGCAAAACCAAUUUAUGAUUUUAAAUUGGAGUUAAGCAUUUAUUAGUAUAAAAUUAUCUAUUUUGUACAAUCGACGUCAAAAACGUUUGCACCCCUUUUAAUAAGGUAAGAUAUGUCAACAAACAACACCUUUAACAUCGACA